CAGGAAGCGGAAGAGCGGUGGAGUGGGCGGCUCUUUGUCGAAGCUUGAGGACCGGCAGGCGGCAGCAGCAACUACGGCGGCGGCGGCAGAACCCAGCAGUGAUGUGGAGGUGGAGACCCACAGGAGUCCCCGACUUCACCUGAGCUACCUCAGCAGUCACCAAGAGUGGCAAGAAAAGGAAGAAAGCCCUGACGUAGCAGGGACCAGGAUGCCUGACCGGGACAGCUAUGCCAACGGCACUGGAAGCAACGGUGGCGGCCCUGGAAGCAGUGGCAGUGAGGAGACGGGUGUGGCAGGAGCAGGCAGUGGAGGAAGCAGCUCGGAUGCCAUCUGUAGAGACUUCCUGCGGAAUGUGUGCAAGCGAGGCAAACGCUGUCGAUACCGUCACCCAGACAUGAGUGAGGUGUCCAACUUAGGGGUGAGCAAAAAUGAAUUCAUCUUUUGCCAUGACUUCCAGAACAAGGAGUGUAGCCGCCCAAACUGCCGUUUUAUCCAUGGCUCCAAGGAGGAUGAGGAUGGCUAUAAGAAGACAGGAGAGCUUCCCCCUCGGCUGAGGCAAAAAGUAGCAGCUGGCCUGGGCCUUUCACCAGCUGACCUGCCAAAUGGAAAGGAGGAGGUCCCUAUCUGCCGUGACUUCCUCAAGGGUGAUUGUCAGAGAGGAGCCAAGUGCAAGUUCCGUCACCUGCAACGGGAUUUUGAGUUUGAUGCUCGUGGUGGAGGCGGCACUGGAGGUGGGGGCUCCACAGGCUCAGUUCCCCCAGGAAGACGUCACGAUCUUUAUGAUAUCUAUGACCUUUCUGACAGGGGCUUUGAGGACCAUGAACCAGGCCCCAAGCGCCGGAGAGGUGGAUGCUGCCCUCCUGAUGGCCCUCAUUUUGAGUCAUACGAAUAUAACUUGGCUCCACCCCGAGGGGUGGAAUGUAGACUACUAGAAGAAGAGAAUGCCAUGCUCAGGAAGCGCGUAGAGGAAUUAAAGAAGCAGGUCAACAACCUGCUGGCCACCAAUGAGGUACUUCUGGAACAAAACGCCCAGUUCCGCAAUCAAGCCAAGGUCAUGACCCUGAGCUCUACUGCACCAGCCACUGAGCAAACUCUAGCCCCCACUGUGGGCACUGUCGCCACUUUUAACCAUGGCAUUGCCCAGACUCACACUACGCUCAGCAGCCAGGCUCUACAGCCUCGUCCUGUGUCCCAGCAAGAACUGGUAGCCCCUGCUGGAGCUCCAGCGGCUCCCCCAACUAAUGCUGCACCUCCUGCUGCUCCACCACCCCCACCCCCACACUUGAACCCAGAGAUCACGCCACUCUCAGCUGCUCUGGCUCAAACAAUUGCCCAAGGAAUGGCUCCCCCACCUGUCUCCAUGGCUCCUGUAGCUGUAUCUGUGGCUCCUGUGGCUCCUGUGGCUGUAUCGAUGGCCCAGCCCUUAGCAGGAAUCACAAUGAGCCACACCACCACUCCCAUGGUGACUUAUCCUAUUGCUUCCCAGAGCAUGCGCAUCACAGCCAUGCCGCACUGAUGGGGCUAAAGGACAUUCCCCUGGUGUAGCCUCUCAGGGCUGAGGUCAAGGGGCCCUUGCCCACUCGCCUAGCCCUUCCAACCCUGUCUGAAGGGCUCCCUCAAGAACUAGGACAAGAGAACAAGGAAUAUGCUUCUGAGGAGCAUUUCCUGAGGUGGAAUUGGGCAGGUGUGUUCUCAUCUGUCUUUUAGGAGUGCACUCUUGUCCUUCAGGCCUCACUCAAGUGGUGGUUUGCGUAGAAGUUCAGACUGAAGCCAGCAGCAAGGAAGGACUGACUGAGGGUCUCUGUCCUCGGUGCUCAGCAGGAAGUUGAGGACAUCCCUGGUUAUGUCCUUUCUUCUGAACAGCACAGGUUCCAGUACUGGUUUUGGAAGAAAAAGUGCCCCAUCCAGAGGGAGAUCCAGGAAAGAUUGGGAAGUGGGUGGCCAGAGAGAAGAUCUCAUAGGAGCCUUCAAAUGAUUUGUGGCCCAGUUGGUUUGAAUAAUACAGAAAUUGCUCCUGGGCCCCUGGGAAGGCCGGGACCAUAGUACUCCAGCCCAAAGACUAGGGGAGCAUCCAUUUACCUAGCUUGGUCUGGAUAUCUGUAGAGCAGGGCCCACUACUUUCCAAAGAAAUAAAAUUAACUAUUAUUUUUAACAAA